AUGUAUUCUUAUUUUGAAAAUGGACAGAAAGGGUGCGAAAGUCUUGAUUUUUACUCAAACAUAAGUGAAGAAUUUAAACAAACUUAUCAGUUGUAUAAUCUUAAAGGAAUAUCUGAUAAAAUUCUAAAGGCUCUCUGUUUUAUAUAUAAUAGAAAAGGAAAUCGCCAAAAUAAUUUUGAUAAUGAAUAUUGUUCGUAUUUGUAUUAUUGGUUAGGUGAUAAGAUAUAUCCCAAAGUAAAUAAUAAAGCUGUGUUCUCAAGAAUUAUUAACAUGAUUUAUGAAGAGCUAUACAGGAGUAUUCCAGAAUAUUUUAUAGUGUGUCCAUUUGUCUAUGCCCCAAUAGAUAAAGUUAUUUUUAACAAGAAUAAGUUGCUGUUUGAUUAUUCUAAGGAUUACGUAAAUAUUGAGCUAGAUACUGCCCAUGACCUAACCACAUGUGAUGAAAAAUAUUAUAAUUACAUAAACCAAUAUAUUAGUACAUAUAAGGAAGCAUAUUCUGAUUGCUAUAAUGGAGAAGGGAAGAAUUUGGAUUGUAGUUAUUUUUCUACAUUAUUCAAAAUAGAACAUCACGAAAAAUUAUCCUCAUAUAAAUGUAUACAAUGUGAUAAGUGUAGAGAGUUUACAGAAGUAAAAAGAGGACCUGAAGAACAACCAUCUGCAUUAGCUAAACUUGUUCCUCAGGAUAGAGCAAGAACUUCAAAUAUAUAUCUCAAUAAAACAAGGGAUUCCGGUUUAUCCAGGAUUAACAUUUUAGAUAGUUCAGAAAAUACAGAAACAACUAAAACCAUUAAAAAAAAUUAUGCAACUGAAGGUAGACACUCAAAAACUCUUAUCGAUUCAGUUGUUGAGGAAUUAAGAGAUUCUCUUGCAGAAAAUCCUAGUUCAAAAGAUUUUUUUGUAGACACAAUGAGUUCUCAAAUG